UGAAUUGUAUGGAUAUGUAUAAAAGCGAUAAAGUGGAAUUUUUCUUGGAUAAUGAUGAUACUGCUAAAAGUUAUGAAGAACGCGGCAUGAGAAGAGCCGCCUCUGAGUCAUCCGCCUACGACCAAGGUAUUCAAGCGUUGGCCUCUAUAAAUAGAGUUCAACAAAUCGAUGCGAUCACCGAAUAUAAUCGCUUAAAGGAAUAUCUUUAUACGUUUGUGGUUAGCAAGAAAGUGGUAACCGAGGAGGAUAUAACAUGA